AUGGCGACGGCGUCACCUUCACCGGCGGAGACUGCUGCACUCUACCAGACUACCAAGGAGCUCAUCACAGAACAUGCUUUCAAGAUCGUUAUUUGGCUCGGAGUCGGCAUAUGUGCCACCGUGUGCAUCCUGCGGUUCUGCAUCAGAUCCUUGAUUUUCCGGCGCCUCUUCGUUGAGGACUACCUCAUGGUAGCCGCCAUGGCAGUUCUCAUCGCCAUCGCUGCAGUCCUUCAGGUCUACCUGGGGGAUCUCUACGAGCUGCUCCACGUUCAGAACAUGUUGAAAGCUCCUGGACCGGACUUCAUGAACCAGAUGACUCGAGGACUCAAGGGAGACGCCAUUGCAAUCGUCCUGAGUAUCAUCGGCUUGUGGAUGAUCAAAUUGAACUUCCUGCUCUUUUUCUACCGCAUUGGGUAUCAGAUCAAAGCCUAUCUGAUUACUUGGUGGGUAGCGCUUGUGCUGGUGAUGGCCUGCGGUGUCAUCAAUCUGGGUAUGGUUCCUUACGACUGCAUGCUGGGCGAUGUUAUGCACAUCACCGUUACUUGCGCAAUGGAGUCAAGGGUGUCAAAAAUCUACACGCUCUACGUUGUCUCGGUUGUCAUCGACGUGCUCUCUGAUUUGAUCAUUAUGGCUUUCCCCAUUCUGAUCGUCUGGAAGACUGGACUGAACUGGCGCCAGAAGCUUGUUCUAUCCAGCGUUUUCCUCCUUGUCGGCUUCACGAUUGGCGUGACCAUCGUCCGCGGCAGCAUCUUCGGUGGCGUGUACAAGUCGGUAACGCAGACCAACCGCCAAGUCAUCGACUCUUCGUGGAUGCUUUUCUGGUGGUACAUCGAGUUCAUCGUCUCCUUCGUCAUUGCUUGCCUCAUCUCUUUCCGUUCGCUUUGGUCCAGCAAACGCGACGAGAACAACGCGAACUACCGCCAGCAGCUCGUUGUAAAGCAGCACAACAUGGAGCUCCAGAAGAGCUCUAGGCCUUCAGGGUCAAAUGGUAGCGGCAACAACAGCAGCACGAAGAGCAAGUGGAGGAGAUUCCACGACGACUUGCUCACCACCUUCGCCGACCUCGAAGGUACCACCAUCAACGAUGAUAGUUCUUUCCUACGCCUCCAGCCCCACCUUGCAACGAUGGACCUGGACUUUUCGACAUUUGGCAGGAACCCCAGUGUUGGCUCGACUAGCGAGAUGACCAGGAAAGACUCGGCGAACGCGUCGACACUAGCCCCCAAAUCGCCUCCGAUGGCGUAUUCACCAACAAUGCAUUAG